CAUUCUUAGCAGGAGUAAUGGCAGCUUACAUUGUAUGUGAACGGCUAGCUAGACGCUGAAUAUUGAGUUAAUGAUCGAUUUUUUGACAUUGUCAUCCCACGAUUGAGACGGAUAAGUGGUCGAAAGGAAAGUAUAUUUUUUAAAAAUGUCAAAAAGCAAAUGUUAGGGACGUAUCCGUCAAACCACUACCAAUCCGAAACCACUUAGCACGGCUUUAGCAUCCUCGAGACCGUUUCCUAUAUUUUUCCGCUAUUCGCAACCCUCCGACGCAUAACCGGUAUCGUCCGAGCUCCAUGCCCGAGCAAGGCCCGAGAAUGAACUUCUCCCUCGGUGAGUUGUGCUGGCUCUUCUGCUGCCCGCCCUGUCCGAGUCGCAUCGCGGCCAAACUAGCGUUCCUGCCGCCCGAGCCCACGUACUCCAUCCACACGGACGCGAGCGGCGCGACCAGCCUGCAUCUCACCGAGCGCGCCGACUGGCAGUACUCGCAGCGCGAGCUGGACGCUGUCGAGGUGCUUGUGACCCGAACCAGCCGCGGGAACCGGGUCGGCUGCAUGUUCGUCCGGUGCGCGCCCAAUAGCCGCUACACGCUGCUGUUCUCUCACGGGAAUGCCGUGGAUCUGGGCCAGAUGUGCAGCUUCUAUAUCGGCCUCGGGUCCAGGAUCAACUGCAAUGUGUUCUCCUAUGAUUACUCGGGUUAUGGCGUCAGUACCGGGAAACCCUCCGAGAAGAACCUUUACGCCGAUAUCGAAGCGGCCUGGCAGGUUCUACGGAACAAGUAUGGAGUGACCCCAGAAAACAUCAUCCUCUACGGUCAGAGUAUAGGGACGGUGCCGACGGUAGACCUGGCGUCCCGGUACGAGUGUGCGGCAGUGAUCCUUCACUCUCCCCUCAUGUCCGGUUUGCGCGUGGCCUUCCCUGACACACGCAAAACGUACUGCUUCGAUGCCUUCCCAAGCAUCGACAAAGUCUCAAAGGUGGCAUCUCCAGUCCUGGUCAUCCACGGCACGGAAGACGAAGUGAUCGAUUUCUCCCACGGCUUGGCCAUCUACGAGCGAUGUCCACGUGCGGUGGAGCCUCUGUGGGUGGAAGGCGCCGGGCACAACGACAUCGAGCUUUACGCUCAGUACCUCGAGAGACUCAAACAGUUCAUUACGUUUGAGCUGGCUACCUCCUGAAGACACGGCAGGGCGAGACGCACACACACACUCACACGUGUCGUGUAGGGUUCCCCUUUACCCACGGCUGAGGACGCCAUCAGUACUUGCACUUGCUGAAGGGGAAAAAAAGCGGAAGUCUCUCUCUUGAUCUUUAGGAGAGUUUUCAUCCCUACAGGGGAAACGCGUUUUAAUAAUUUCGAACCACUUUCUAUUCUUUUAUACUUGAUGAAGAAAUGCUGAAGUUUUGCACCGCAUUCAGUACACUGCGUUUUUGAUUUAAACAUUUUUCUUCCUUUUUUUUUAAUGCUCCUCAAGGGUUAAUUAAACUGAUGCACUUUUAUUGUGCAGAUAUUUUCAGGUUGAUAUAUUUUUGUUUUCAAUGAUCUUAUUUUGUUGGUGGCGGGAAAUUAUGUCAUGGCAUUCCGUUUUAUUACAUUUCUAGUAGAUUAGUACAAGAGUAAUCAGUGAGUGACUUUUUACAUGGCCAGUUUGUGCGUGCGUGUGUGUUUAAGUGCGUUUAUACGCUCAUGCGUUUGUGUGGUAAAGGCCACUGAAUCUUCGGUCGAUAUAAUUGUAGCUUGGGCUAAUUAAAACAGGAAGAGCUGUGAAAAACACUUGACCCGUAAGUAAUGAAGAUGUACUGUCCGUGAAUACAGUGGGAAGGGGGGGGUAUUGUCUUUUCAGCGGUGAAACAUGGUGCUUUGUUGGAACAGCAUUCAGGGCAUUGUUUCCGCAUUAACACUUCAUUGUUUUUACCGUGGGUUGCAUAAAAAUGUGAAAUUUGAAGCUUUCUCUUUUGCUUUUAGCAUAAGCCUUAUGUUCUCAGACAUUUCGCUACGACAUUCCUGUCAAUGAUUUCUCGGAAAUGGGAUUUUGAAGAUUUUCUCUGGGCUCCCGCUCGCUGCUACUCUAAUGGGAAAAUCACUGUGAAAGCUGAACCUAGAUAUGAAAUUAAGGUAUCACACCUCCACACCAUUUUGAAGUUUAUCCCCUUUUCCUGACAUUGGACUAAUUACAAAACCCAGUCCCUCAUACUGCAAAUGAAGGACUGUGUUUGUAGACAUUUCACCAUAACGCUACACAAGAGAAUGUUUGGAAGUGCUUUCCAUGUUAAUGAAGGACAUCGAUUGCUACCGAUCUGGUGCGAUCGUCCGAUUGUAUGUUUGUUAACUUGACUUUGUUUUUUUUGUUUUUUUGCUGUAAGGUUAUGCAGUGGCGGUUCUUGUACACUGUUGUUCAGAAAUGAAGCUCUUCCGUGCUUGACCUCAGUGGACUUGACACCCUUUUUUUAAGGAAUGGCAGAAACUGAUCACAUCUGAGUCCGUCAUUGCUUUUGAUACUGACAUUUUUACAAUGUUUUUUUAGUAAUUAUUAAUAUUUACACCUCUUUUAAUGCUGGUUUGUAAGAUAACUGUACUGUACAGUGUACACCCUCUCUCUCUCUAUAUAUAUAAAUAUAGGUAAAAUAUGAAGUAAAUGGUAUUUAGCUUUGAUUUUUAUUGACACUGGAAUCACAGUAUGCAAAUAUAAUGCAGAAAAAAAGUAGUUGGUACAGACUCUUUUGCUUGUAGUUUUUUUUUAAAUAUAACUUUAAAGCCUUAAAUGUGCUGCGAGGCAGAUUAUUGUUCUUUCUGUUGGUUGUUGCUUUAUUGCAACACACUUGAUAUUGUACUGCUUAUAAUGGAAUAAAGGAUGCAUGGAAACCAAAACUA